CGGUCGAACAACUUCAAAGUCCAACCUCACGACAGACUAACCGCCAAAACACACAGUCAAAAUGGGUCACGCAGCCGGUCUCCGCGCGGGUACGCGCUAUGCCUUCUCCAGGGAUUUCAAGAAGAAGGGAAUGAUCCCUCUCUCGACCUACCUCAAGCAGUACAAGGUCGGUGACAUCGUCGAUGUUGUUGCCAACGGUGCCGUCCAGAAGGGUAUGCCGUACAAGGUCUACCACGGCAAGACUGGCAUCGUCUACAACGUCACCAAGUCCUCUGUCGGUGUCAUUCUCCACAAGCAGGUCGGCAACCGAUACCUUGAGAAGCGCAUCAACGUCCGCGUCGAACACGUCCGCCACUCCCGCUCGCGCGAGGACUUCCUUAAGCGCGUCAAGCUCAACUUCGCCAAGCAGCAGAAGGCCAAGGAGACCGGCGAGAAGCAGCAGAUGAAGCGCCUCCCCGCACAGCCCCGUGAGGCCAGAACCAUUAGCCUGAAGGACAACAAGCCGGAGAACAUCACACCGGUACCUUACGAGACAACGAUCUAAGCGGGCACUCGGAGGCUAGUCUGAAAGUCUGUGGUCAGCAAAGGCAAAAUGGGAACGGAUGGGCAACGGCGUGGUUUCUCGGAUCUCGAACUUUUCUCUCUUCUGCACGUUCACCAGCAUGGAAAGCGGCGAAUUAUCGGUGCAGACAUGGUGUGCCAACAUGAUUUGGCUAUGAGUUACCCCUCACGCCAAUGAAUAUCAUCCUCCAGUCCCAGUCCAUACCAAAUACCCAUGAACAUCCAAUCUGUGUUUUCUGAUACGCAGUGUGAAGUACCCAUGAGACUACAUAUUGAAUCGACGACUAACCAUGAUCAUCGAUUAC